GAUGACGAUCUAAUUGAAAACAAUAUAUAUAUGUGUUGUUCUAAUUUUCACAAUGAGAAUCUUUAAUAUAGUUAUGUAAUUAUCUUACUUUAAACUCGGAUAUUUCUACUUAUUCCUUCUCUCACUGACCCACAGAUCCAUUGUAUUAUACACCACCACCCUAUGAGGCAUUUAGUGUUCCCCCUGCCAGCAUUGUAACAACAAGUAGCAGUCGAACUGGGACAACUAGCGGUGGUCCACGUAAAUCUGUAAAGUCAGGACGUGAUCAAUCAGUUCCUACAAUGGGUUAUAACACUUCAGGGAAUGGAAGUGGUAUCGGAAUAUGUAAUCAACAGUUAGAUGGAGUAGAAUCAGUAUUACAUACUAAUACGCCUAUAGAAUCUAUAUCACAUGGCUGUGACCUUAGCUUGAAUGGUGGUAUCCUUUAUUUGGGUAACAUUUACAGACCUUUAUCUCCGCAAAAUUCCAAUUUAUUUCAAGUAGAGAAUCUUGGUCGUAGUUCAGUUACUACUACCGGUAGCGGUAGUUCAUGUGAUCGAAAAUCUCAUCACUAUUUUCUUAGAGAAAUAAAGUCUCAUCAUGACGACACUGAAGCAUAUCUACAGAGAAAUCCUCAUCAACAGUCUACUUAUGAUUUAUUUAAGAAAAGUUCUAGACGUUCAAAAACAUCCUCUCGUCUUCAACAUCACCAUCAUCUAAAACAUAAGUCAAUUGAUCCUAAUCAUACUAUUUCGAUUGGUUCACAUACACCAGCUAGUUCACGUUCUGAUGCUUUCCUUAAUUUACCCCAGUUAACUUGUGAUGCUCACGAACAACCUUUUAGUCGAUUUCUAAUAUCUCCUGUAACAACUAUUUCUAGUGAUACUGGACCAUCAAACCACCAACCUAUAGUAUUCCCUGUACAGUUGUAAACGUGUGUACAGCCGUUAAGAAACCAUAUCAGUAAUGCUUCAGAAUAUUUAUUUUGAAUUUUCUUCUUUAAAGUACUAGAUAUCCG